GCGGCGGCGCUGAGGCGGCUGAGGAGGGAGUCGGUCCCCGAGUGGGCGCGAUGCGGUCCCUGAACAUCACCCCGGAGCAGUUCGCGCAGCUCCUGCGGGACAACAACGUGACGCGGGAGCAGUUCAUCACCCUCUACGGGCUGCAACCGCUGGUGUACAUCCCGGAGCUGCCGGGGCGCACCAAGGUGGCCUUCGUCCUCAUCUGCGUGCUCAUCUUCGCCCUGGCGCUCUUCGGCAACUGCCUGGUGCUCUACGUGGUGACCCGCAGCAAAGCCAUGAGGACCGUCACCAACAUCUUCAUCUGCUCCCUGGCGCUCAGCGACCUCCUCAUCGCCUUCUUCUGCGUCCCCUUCACCAUGCUGCAGAACAUCUCCUCCAACUGGCUCGGCGGGGCCUUCGCUUGCAAGAUGGUACCGUUUGUUCAGUCCACUGCCAUUGUCACUGAGAUUCUUACAAUGACCUGCAUUGCUGUGGAAAGACACCAGGGAAUUGUGCAUCCACUAAAAAUGAAGUGGCAGUACACCAAUAAAAGAGCUUUCACAAUGCUUGGCAUAGUCUGGUUGCUGGCUCUUAUUGUCGGGUCACCCAUGUGGCACGUGCAACGGCUCGAGGUUAAAUAUGACUUUCUGUAUGAAAAAGUGUAUGUUUGUUGCUUGGAAGAAUGGGCCAGUCCAAUCUAUCAGAAGAUAUACACGACCUUUAUUCUUGUUAUACUCUUUCUUCUCCCACUGAUGCUGAUGCUUUUUUUGUACACAAAAAUUGGCUAUGAACUCUGGAUUAAGAAACGAGUGGGAGAUGCUUCAGUUCUUCAAACCAUUCACGGGAGUGAAAUGUCCAAAAUAUCAAGGAAGAAGAAACGGGCAAUUGUUAUGAUGGUGACAGUGGUGUUUCUCUUUGCAGUCUGUUGGGCCCCUUUCCACGUGAUUCACAUGAUGAUAGAAUACAGUAACUUUGAAAAGGAGUAUGAUGAUGUGACAGUCAAAAUGAUCUUUGCCAUUGUCCAGAUCAUAGGGUUCUUCAACUCUAUUUGCAACCCCAUCGUUUAUGCUUUCAUGAAUGAGAACUUCAAGAAGAACUUUUUGUCUGCCAUCUGCUUCUGCAUUGUGAAAGAAAACGCCUCCCCAGCCAGGCAGCCUGGGAACUCGGGGAUUACCAUGAGGAGGCAAAAGCCAAAUGUUUCCCAGAGAGAGGCCACGGACUCGGAUGAAGGCAGGAGGGAGGCGUUCAGCGACGGCAACAUCGAAGUGAAGUUCUGUGACCAGCCAGCUUCCAAAAGGAAUUUGAGAAGGCACCUUGUCUUGUUCAGCUCUGAGCUCACUGUGCACUCUGCGCUGGGAAACGGACAGUAGCGUGACAGGGGGGUUGAGAACAGAACUUAGGGAACUUUCAAUAAGCCAUUUAAAACACUUUUCUACUUUGCAUGCUGAAGUAAGGCAGAAAAUAUUUUGUGGACUAUCAUAAUGCUGGUUGAGAAAAAUGUAAUAUUUAUUUUGUAAGGAUGAGGAGUAAAACUUCAGAAGACAAUAUUGCUGUAUGAUUUCCUGUGGGGGAUAAAAAUUGUUUUUCCUAAGCUAGUUUGGGACUUGUUUGCCCUAAACUGCUCUUGCUUGCUCUGUUUAUUCUGUGUCUGCACCAUACACAGCUGAAUGCCAGAAGGCAGGAACUAUGGAAAGAGUGUGCACUUUAUUUGGACAAUCUGGAAAUCUGAUGUCAGUCUGACAUUGUAAGAUCUGCUCUCUGCAACUGUGAGGACAGGGGAGCUUCAGAUGGGAGUUCAGGGAAGAUGCAGACUGAGAUGCAAUUCUGUUUCAGAAGAAUGAAAAAGGGGAUAUGAAAGAGCCAACAGCCAGAAUUUGACUCUGAAGAGAUUGAGAUUUAACCCACUGCAUGCAUGUUCAUAUUUUAUUAAUAGGAAGCAUAUUAGUAAUUAACAAUGCAUGCAUAAUUAAUGUGCUGUUUUUACAGGUUAAUUCUUGGGUACUGCCCUGGAAACAUCCCUGUUCUGCUGAAAAAUGGAGUGGUGGAAAAAGAGUAUGCAGGUGCCAGAGGUGUGGUCUGUAAACACUGAGUUUUACUCAGAGGCUUGCUUGGAUAUGUGGCUGUUGGCUUGAAAGUGUGGUGUUGCCAUUUUUUGGAGGCAUAAAAGGGUCAGAUCCAGAUCCUGUUGGGACUUCACAGAAGACUUUGAAUUGAAUAUCACAUUCUUUUGACCAGACACUUCUCUGAAGACAUGCACAAAUCUUUCUGUCUCUCCAUCAUCUUCAAAGGGAAUUAAUUGCUGUCAAAGAACAGGGCCAGUGUUCUGUUAUUUUUAGACUUUACAGUAAAUUACAGGGUUGAAAUCCACAUAAAUUCUAGUAAUUUUUCCUCUGUGGGCCAAACUGAAUAAUUGUAAAAGGUGUGGGGCUGGGGGGAAAGUGUGGUCUAGAAUCGUACACUGGA